AUGCCUUCGGAUAAUCACGUCAAAGCGGCCUUGUCUCUCAUUGAGGACAAGUCCAAAGUCCUUGGCUUGACCAUUGGCACCCAUGAGAACGUGCAGCCAGGAACAUACCUCCCCCGCAAGAGUACGGACCAGCAAUCGGAAUAUGAACUGACAAAAACCACAGCAGCUCAAGAGCCCCCGAAGCUCUCUUUCACCGGCGCCAAUCCCACUAGCACCUACCUGGUCGUGAGCUUGGACAUUGACGCUCCUUUCACUUCCUUCAGAAUCCUGAGCCCCAUCCUUCACUGGAUACAGUCCGAUAUCAGGGUCACCAGCGAGGGUGCGCUCGAGUUCGACGCGCCCUUCGUCGCCAAUUACAUCGGACCUUCUCCCCCUCCCCUGAGCGCACCCCAUCGGUACCUCUUUUUCCUGUACGAACAGCCUGCAGACUUUGAUCUCACGGCCCAUGCACCUGCUGGUGGCAAGAAGCUUGGCAAUUCGAAUCGCAUCCGGUACGAUCUUGAUGCUUGGGCAGAGCAGAUCAAGCUUGGUCCUCUUGUGGCUUUCAACUAUUUCACCUGCAACUAG